AUGUCGACGCGCCAAAUUGAGAAAUCUAGCAGUGAUUCAGCGGAAGAACUGGAAAAUGUUGAUGAUUUCAUGUCUAAGACAUCUUCAUCCAUUGAGGCUACCUUGGGUAAAUUUCAAGAAACUGUAGCGUGA